UUUUUAGUUAGAGCGAUAAUAAUGUGUGAGUUAGCCCUUGCUAAAGACAGGGAGAAAAUGGAGUCCCUUUCCUCUCAGGCAGCUGUUCCAGGGCUCUGCUUCCCUUCUGCCCCUCACUCCUCACUCCGUGGCACUGCUGUGCUCUUCUCUAGGGCGCUCACUGUGUGCUUUCUCUUCUGUACCAUCGUGGCUCCUGGCGUCCUUUCCAGAGUCCACUCUUCACUGGACUUGGCAGCUCCGCACCUCGCUUUGCUUGGGACCUCCCCCCCCCCAACUUCCGCUUGGCAGUGACUUCAGAUCCCCCUCUCUGUGAGGCCCUUUCCUUUUCAGACUGGGAUGAUGGCCUCUGGACUUGCUGUCAGAGCAAGAAUGGCCUCAUCUGCUAAUAUCCUCCAGACUCUCUCAUUUUAGAAACCUUCAUUUUUCCCCCCGGCUUUCUCCUCUGUCACCAUGACUCUAGUUCUUCAUGAAGGGUCGAGAUGUGUCCUCUUACAGUCUCUGCUGAAUGAUUUUCUUCCUCUUCUCCUCUUUUCUUGUUACUCUCGCGGCUGCUUCCUGAAGUCUCAGCAAAGGAAGAGGGGAUUUGGGGUGUGUGUGUGUGUACUUCUGCUUUUCUGUAGCUUUCCUCCUUUCCUUCCUUCCUUUUCUUUCUUUCUUUUCCUCUUUCUUUCUUUCCCUCUUUCUCUUUUCUUUUUCAAGUCUAUCAAAUUUCCCAGAAGCUUCUGGUUCAGUGGGGCCCCAGCAACCUUAGGAAUUGAAUUUCAGGUUCUUCUUUACCAUCCCUUGCAACAUAUUCCUGCGAUGGAUCUUUUGUGGUCAAGUUCCUCCCUAGUACAUUUCGUUUCAGUGCAAACCUAUUGUUUCCCACCUCCGAUAUCAGCUCCAAGGGCUACAUCGACGGCCCUGAGAUCUCAGGAGGAACGGAAUUGGUUCCAGGAAGGCCAAACAAGGGGCAGUCUCCACCUGUGCUGACAUGACCUCACUUGUGACAUUUAAUACACCUUACAUUUUGAACCCGAAUGCCAAAGGGCUGAUCUCUGAUGUUCAUGUCAUCUUGGACUUAUUUUUCUCUUGAGAUGUUUUCUGCCACUCACAUUUGUGAUUGGUCUCUCCUUCCUUUUCUUCUCUUUGUUUUCUUCUUUAAUUCCUGCUGAGGCCUCAUACAUGACACUCAGGCCAUUUACAUGCUCAUCUCCCACAAGCAAUCUGUCAUCCAGUGACUCCUGUCAUCCCGUGACUGACUCUUGUGACUGAUUCUUGUCAUACUGUGACUCUUGUUCUUUAAGGUACCGCUACAUUAAUUUUUCUUGUUUCUUUUUGUCAUGUGAUGUCUUCUGUUCUGCCAGCCCAUGAUGUAUUGACCCACCAUAAGGACCACACCACCUUCUUGAUGUUGGAUUUGGAUACAGGGUAAACGUCCUUUUUACACAUGAAAUGGGUGAAUGACUUCCCCGUUUUGGAAUCCAAGGAAAAGAGAGUCUUCCCACUCCUGUCCGUGGAUAAAGAGGAACUGGGCUGGAAGCAUGUGGCCCAUCCUUAGAGGCUGGAAGAGGGGAUGUGUGAGUCCACGUGGAGCCCUGGCACGGGCUGUGCUGGGCCAGGCAUGGCACCCCUGCGGCCGUGCCGUGGCCAGCGCUGCCUCGGUGGGCCAGGAUGAGUACAGCUUUGUGGUGGUGGGUGCGGGCUCGGCUGGCUGUGUGCUCGCCAACCGUCUCACCGAGGACCCGGACCACCGGGUGCUGCUGCUAGAGGCCGGUCCUAAGGACGUGGUGAUGGGGAGCAAGCGCCUCCAGUGGAAGAUCCACAUGCCUGCCGCCCUUGUAGCCAACCUGUGUGACGACAAGUACAACUGGUACUACCACACUGAGGCACAGCCAGGCCUGGACGGCCGUGUGUUGUACUGGCCACGCGGCCGGGUCUGGGGGGGAUCCUCAUCCCUCAACGCCAUGGUCUACAUCCGUGGACAUGCUGAGGACUAUAACCGCUGGCACUCCCAAGGUGCUGAGGGUUGGGACUAUGAGCAUUGCCUGCCCUACUUCCGCAAGGCACAGAGACACGAGCUGGGACCCGACAGGUACCGCGGUGGUGACGGCCCACUGCACGUGUCUCGGGGCAAGACCAACCACCCCCUUCACCAGGCCUUCCUGCAGGCCACACAUCAGGCUGGCUACCCCUUCACCGAAGACAUGAAUGGCUUCCAGCAGGAGGGCUUCGGCUGGAUGGACAUGACCGUCCACCAAGGGAAGCGCUGGAGCGCAGCCUGUGCCUACUUGCACCCGGCACUGAGCCGCCCCAACCUCAGGGCCGAGGUCCAGACCCUUGUGAGCAGAGUGCUGUUUGAGGGCACACGUGCAGUGGGUGUGGAGUACUUCAAGAACGGCCAGAGCCACAAGGCGUAUGCCAGCAAGGAGGUGAUCCUGAGUGGGGGUGCCAUCAACUCUCCACAGCUGCUCAUGCUCUCUGGCGUUGGAAACGCAGACGACCUCAAGAAACUGGGCAUCCCUGUGGUGUGCCACCUGCCUGGAGUUGGGCAGAACCUGCAGGACCACCUGGAGAUCUACAUUCAGCAGGCAUGCACGCACCCCAUCACCCUCCACACGGCCCAGAAGCCUCUGCGGAAGCUAAGCAUCGGUUUGGAGUGGCUCUGGCGGUUCACAGGGGACGGAGCCACAUCCCAUCUUGAAACAGGAGGGUUCAUCCGCAGCCGGCCUGGGGUCCCCCACCCGGACAUCCAGUUCCACUUCCUGCCCUCCCAAGUGAUUGACCACGGGCGGAAACCCACCCAGCAGGAUGCUUACCAGGUACAUGUGGGAACCAUGAGGGCCACAAGUGUGGGCUGGCUCAAACUGAGAAGUGCCAACCCUCGGGACCACCCUGUGAUUCACCCCAACUACUUGUCAACAGAAACCGACAUCCAGGACUUCCGUCAGUGUGUGAGGCUGAGCAGAGAAAUUCUUGGGCAAGAAGCCUUGGCUCCCUUCCGGGGCAAAGAGCUGCAGCCUGGAUGCCAUGUCCAGUCAGACCAAGAGAUAGAUGCCUUUGUGCGGGCGAAAGCAGACAGUGCUUACCACCCAUCCUGCACCUGUAAGAUGGGCCAGCCCUCUGACCCCACUGCCGUGGUCGACCUGCAAACCAGGGUCCUUGGGGUAGAAAACCUCAGAGUCAUCGAUGCCUCCAUCAUGCCCAGCGUGGUCAGUGGCAACCUGAAUGCUCCCACAAUAAUGAUUGCAGAGAAAGCAGCUGACAUGAUUAAGGGGAAUCCUGCACUCUGGGACAAGGAUGUUCCUGUCUACAAGCCGCAGACUCUGGCCACCCAGCGUUAAGGCAGCCACUGCCUGAGGAUCAUAGAGGAACUCAUGUCAAGAGAUCCAACUCAUACGGCCCUGCCCCCAGAUAGUUCCUGAAACUGUGUAGAACCUUGGGACCCAGAUAUCCCUACUCAUGGCUAAGACCUUCAUGGUAUCUGAAGAAAUAAGGCCAUGGUAGUAAGUGAGGCAAGGAGGAAGACUAGUCUGCACACUGGGAUCCUCCUCCCGACCUCCCGGGGUUAAAAGUUCAGGAGGUUAACUCUUGCAUGAUUUUCUCACCAGCCCUCCAGCCAUCUCCAGUCCAGUGUUCUGCUGCCAGGAGUGGAAUGAUCCCUUCCCUGGCCUCCCACCUCAGGCCACUUCUGCACAGGCAGGGUGCUUGAACUGGACUGGGUUCUCCAAGGACGCUUUAGCUGAGGCCAAGAGCCAGGGCUGGUACCUGAGCUCAUGUCCACGAUGAGAGGAAAGGCAGCCAGCCGGAGGGUGCUGGCCGUCCUUUCUCCUGCCUUGACUCAAAUCUGAAGAGUGGGGUGCAGGGAUGGGGGCUCAAGUGAUUGCACAACUCACCUGCCUUGUCCUGACUGUCCUGACAAGAAAACGAAGACCAGUUUUUCUAAGAUGUCCAAAGCCACCAUCUAUAUUAGGGAAGAAAAGAAUCACUGUAUAGAAACCUGCAUCGCGAGGCCUAGAAAAGAGGGGGAUAUCAGAAUCCCAGGCUCCACGAGGGUUGACUGGGAGUGGCCGGAGCCGCCGUCUGGACAUCUGAGAAAGGCCUUUCAGAAAGGUUGAAGUAAACCACUGCAUUUCUUUCAAAAACCAGGUUGAUUUUAUUUCGUCUUACCUGUGCCUUGCCUUCUUUUUUUUUUUUGCCCACCGUGUUCCAAAAGAAAGUCAAGAAAGAAAACCCUAGGUCUGCCAAGAGCUUCUCACAGAGCAGAUGCCACACGGCAGUCAUCCGUGGCGUCCUCAGCAGUGAGGGUGCCACCCUGGGAGGGCCGUGUUCUGCUCUCAUGCAGCCAUGAUAAAGAAGACUGGACUCCGUCGAGCUCCUCAGUUAUAGCCAGGCCUUUCUCUCACCGUGGCAUACCAAGGCAGGCUCCACGUGUUGGUAUGACUUAGCCACACGAGGAAACGUGUCUCUGGAGACGAAAAGUGAAGGUUACACGUCCAGAACUCAAAGAUGUCAAGUGGGAAAUUGCUGUUCGGGUUCAAACUCAGGAUAGAACAUGGGAUUCAGAGGCUUCCUCGCUGGAGUCCUGAUGGCCUAACAUGGGGGCUCCUGUUUCCAGCCCGAGUAGAACAGUCCUGCCUGCAAUGCUGAAUCCAAAAGCCAGGGCUGUCUGGGAGUCCCAGCGCCACGAGGGAGCCAGAGCGGUGGAAUGACGCAAGCCUGCUUGGGUUACAAAGUGGGGCCCCCACAGGCCAUCAGACCGAGUCUCAUGGGGACCUGGACAGGCUUUGUUUUGGCUAAGCACGCUCCUUGGCAAGGAGCCUGUCAUGCCUAAAACACGGAAGGCCACAGGUUGCCAAAACUGGUGCACACGCACCUUGCAAGCGCACGGCCCAGGGUUGACCCUUAGAAUCAGGAAGCAGCCGCUGCACUUGUGAGCUGUGUUGAGAGAACUUGCAUGUAUCUUGCUGUUGGCCAAAUGUGUUCCUGACAGAUCACAGGGGAGACAGGAACAACUCACCAGCAUGACCGGAAACGGUCACAGAAGCAGGAGGUGGAAGCACCGUGACAUUCAAGCCUUCUGCCUCCGGUGCCCGCUGCAGGGUUACUUUCCAUAAAUGCAAAAUGGGCUCUUCCCACCUGCCACACUGUGUCCCUCGGGCCCCACGACUUUCCAUAUUUCCACUGAUAAACUACCACGAUAUCAAAUCUAAUGCAAAGUUUUUUUUUUUUUUUAAUCUUCAGAAUUAGGGUGGGGGGAAAGAACAUGACCUACCCCGAGGCCCUAGUUGGUAGCCUGAGUGGCCCCUGCUGGCUCAGCUGCACAUUCUUCCAACCACCCCUCGUUCCCACAUCAGAGGCCAGCGUCUGAGACUCUCCCUCAGGCCCCACUGCCCUCCCGGUUCCCAGGAAGCAGAGCUGGAGUGUGUGUGUGUGUGAGUGUGCGUGUGCAUGUGCGUGUGCACAAUGGGAGUGUGUGCGUGCGUGCGUGUGCCCCUGCCCCUGAUGUGGCACUCUGUUUUUUACAAGUAAACCAACACUCCACCCCUGAAACAAAGGUACAGGCGAUACUGGUCUUGCUGAAGGGCUGGCCUACUGGGCAGUGGGCAGUGCAGCCUAGCCACAGGCUCAAGGAGCUAGGGCUGUACCCUCAAAGCACACCCCUCUAGAGCUACAGAGUGGGUCCACAUUCCUAACAGACCUUCCAAAUGAGGUGCUUGCCGUUGGCUGGUGGAUCAAUAGCGAUUUCCACACUUCCUAACAACAUUAAAAAAAAAAAAUGAGCUUCAACUAAAUGCAGCGAUCCAAAGAACUCAAAAUCAUUUCGGGGGUGGGGUAUUUAGCCUUAAAACUUCUUUAAAGAGAGGGGAAGAAAAUCAUGCUCUACAACUUCAAAUGUUUCUUACAAAGAGAAAUUUAAUAUUCGAUGAGAGGUUGAACCAGACUUAAAGCAGACAUCCUGGGAAGUGGGGCAGCCUGAAAAGCCAGGCAACAUUGACGGGCAGACUUGGGGAAAGAUAAUCACCCGCUUCAGAACACACAGUCCUGGCGUGGGGAGCAUGAGCUGCUGAUGUUAAGUCGCACAGUCAGACACUCAGCAAGACAGAGUCCAAGGUGGAUGCUGAUGGUGGAUUAGCCCUUGAGGAGAAGCAGCCCUGUCUGCAGCUGGUGCAAAGUUACUAUUGGCCUUGGAGGAGGAGCCCGAGGGCAGAAAAAGCUGCCUGAGCCCAGGGCUGCGUGGGAGCACCUGCCCCUCUGAAGCUCUCUCUCGGCAGAGCCAGCUCUGUGAGGAGAGCUCCCGGUACAAUGAAAGUAUUACACAGUUUAUUCUGAAGAACAUUUUGCAUUUUAAUAAAAAAAAAAGGCUUUAUGUCAGGAAAUAGUCAUUUACAAACCUUGAAGUGUUUUUGCCUGCAUCUGGAGUAAGAAUGUCCUAGGAAGAGGUUUGUGAGGUCUUUGUAACAAAAGUGUUAUUUACAAAAAAAAAAAAGUUUUUUCCCACAGGUUGUCUGUGUACUAGUUAAAAAUGUUGAACCCAAACUGCUACCUGUAUUUUUGAUUGCAGAUAAUCCUUAGCGAAAUGAUGGGGUGGUAUCACGUGACUGUUGACAGGCUGGGGAACCUUGAUAGUUGAGUGUGUUCUCAUGGCCAUCUCAGCCCCCGUCCAGUUGCAUAUGGCGGCUCUCAAAGAGAACGCGCCACACAGCAGCUGUGCAGGGCCACAGGAGACCCCGUACAGACCCCACACUCACAGGUCACACAGUGCUCCUCUCUUCCGCCAUGCCAGUACCUCCUCUUAAGAGAAGCAUCCCUGGGGAUGUGAGCAGAUGCCUGUGGUUCUCCCGUUCGGUCACUUCCGCAUCAGAGACCGGAAGCAUCCUGCAUGGGCAGCUGAGGAAGCCAGACCAGUGGAUGCCCCUGCUGUGUAACUAACUGAUUAUAAAGGGGAUUAUUAAAGUGAAACCAAACCAAAGACAGUUGCAACCCAUGUAGGUAAGAGGUACAAUAUAAAAUCAUAGGACCCAAAGAAAAGACUGCAAAUAGUCAUCUUGGUAUCUUAUGUAAAGAUAGGUUUAUAGUGACUCAAAAUAUUUUAGAAAAAUUUCUGAAGUGGUCAAGAUUUCUCUGAACUCAAAAGUUUAUCCCCAAAAGAUUCUUUUACUGAAUACGUGAGAAUUGGCUCUAAUUCUCCUAGUUCUGUUUAGCCCAAGUAAAAAUACUAAUAAUUUCUAGGUUUUGGUGGGAAACUACAAUUGUUUAGGACCGACCCAUGGAUAUUGCUGCAGUUCAAAUACGGUACGAUAAUUACAAAAUAUAGACCAUCUCUUU